AUGCCUAACGCACAUCAUAGAAACUGCAUUAGGCACAUUUGGAAGAAUUUCACAAAUAAAUACAAGGACACACAGCUUAAGAACGUGGUGUGGGCAUGUGCCAAAAGUUCAACAUCUGCAGAGUUUAAUGAGAACAUGCUAAGGCUGAAGAGGAUGAACGAGGACGCAUGGGCUUACCUUGCAAAAUUGGAUCCAAGAUGUUGGACUAAGUCAAAAUUCAGCCACUGGCCUAAGCUGGACAACAUCACAAAUAAUAUGACAGAGGUGUGGAAUGCCAAGAUAGUGCACUAUAGGAGAAAACCUAUCCUAACAAUGCUAGAGGAGCUCAGAUGUUACAUUAUGCGGAGGAUGACACAACACAAAAAGGCUCUAAGCACGUACAUCGGUGUUGUUGCUCCUGUACAACAAAAAAGGAUGGAAGCCAUUAUGAAGGACACCAGGCACUGGACUGCUCAAUGGACUGGCGAUGAUGCCAAACAUGUAUUUGAGGUACAAAUGCACUUGAAGAAGCUGGGAAUGCACUUGGGUAACAGCACAUGCAUUCCAUGUGUGCAUGCCAUGGUUGCUAUUGCUAAAAGGGGAGAUAGAGCAGACACAUAUGUGCACAAGUGGCUGAAGAUGGAUGCUUUCAGAGCAACAUAUGGUCAUUCCAUUAGCCCUGUCAACAGUGAAGAGUAUUGGGAGAAGUCUGGAAAAAUAAGCUCAAUUCCUCCCAAGAUUAAGAGGCCAAUAGGACAUCCAGUGAAGAGAAGGAGACUAAAUCCAGUAGAAGACGGACCAGAGGAUACUAAGGUUGGAAUCUAUGAUAACUUGUUUAAGACUCAGAUUUUUUACAGCCAUUAG